GUUAGUGAGGCAGCCUUAAAGUGAAAUGUUUCGUAGUUUACCAGAUAGGGUGGCGGGGCUAUAUUAUGCCCAUGGCCUGUUUUGUUCGUCUCAUCCCAUUGUAAUCAUUUCAUUGGCAAUCUCAAUUGUAUUGCUAUGCUGCUCUCCUUUGGUUAAUUUACCAAUGCCUGGCAAUGUGCCAAGGACAAUAAUUAACCAUACUAUUGUACCUGAAAACAAUACAGAGAACUCUGUGUUUUAUGUGCAACAAGUGGUAUUAAGGGUUGGAGUUAUACCAUGGACAGAGGAGUUAACAAUGAUGGAUGCUUUCAGAGGUCCACUGUAUGAAGUUUUUAAUCUUUUAGAAAUCAUACAGAAUUAUCAGCAUCCAAAAACACUAAAGACACUAGGUCAAGUCUGCUUACAUAUUGAAGCAGUUAAAAAAAGAAAUGGCAAAAAGUCUGAAGUUUUGCCAGAAUACAAUUGUUUGGUUCUUUCACCUGCAAAUCUAUGGCAACGAAGUAUUGAACUGUAUGCACAAGAUACAAAUCUUAUAAAUACUAUAUAUUCGUACCAGAAUCUACAAAAAGGUAAAAUUAGUUUAGCCGAAGUAAUGUUUGGAAUGAAUUUAAAAGAAACUGGAAUUAAAAGAUAUCCAAUUCGACUUAGACAAAGGAUUUUACAAUAUGCAGUAACUAUUUACUUAAAGGACUAUGACCCUGAGUUUAUAAAAGGAUUACAACAUAGAUUGAAAAGUUACUAUCAUCUUCAUCAGACGCAAAAUGAUAAUGCUACUUACAUUCCAAUGGAUGAAACAUUGCAUAUUCUUUAUCCUGGUGAAUUUAACUACAGUGACUUUUUCCCCCUGAUGAUGACAUUUUUUGCUUUGUUUUUCUAUGUUUAUUUCUCUGUGCGUAAAAUAGAAUUAAUGAAAUCAAAGAUUGGAAUAGCUUUUAGUGCAACAGUAACAGUGAUAGGUUCUUUGUCUAUGACUGUGGGUAUUUGCUUUUUUUUUGGCUUAACAUUGAGUUUAAGUGGAAAAGAGGUGUUCCCAUAUUUGGUGAUUAUAGUUGGACUAGAAAAUGUGUUGGUAUUAACCAAAAGUGUAGUGAGUACUCCAGCACAUUUGGACGUGAAAAUACGCGUUGCUCAAGCCCUCUCCAAAGAAGGUUGGUCUAUUACUAAAAAUUUGCUUACAGAAGUAACAAUCCUGACAAUUGGAUUGCUUACUUUUGUACCAGCCAUACAAGAAUUUUGUAUAUUUGCCAUUGUGGGAUUAGUCAGUGAUUUCAUCCUGCAAAUAAUGUUCUUUUCAACAAUCCUUGCAAUCGAUAUCCGACGGACUGAGUUGUCUAAUGAAACGUCGAAGUUUCACUUGCCCAACAUACCAACUACGCGUAAGCAAUUUACGACGACCAUAACGAAUAGAAAACCAAAUAUUUUCCGAUCAAAAUCUCAUCCGAGAUUAAAUGGUUUAUCUAGUGGCCCGACGAAUGUCAUAGCUCCAAAUACACAAAACACUCAUACAUUUGGCAAAAUUCCAAAACGUUUACGUCUAGUACAUUUCUGGGCAAGAACUCGAAUAUUUCAGCGUGCCUUUAUGGUAUGGAUGGUUGUCUGGAUCAGCAUGAUCAUUUACAAUUCUGGCAUUGUUGAACAUGUUAUACAUCUAAGCGAAACAUUAAAAUCAGAAUCAGACAUUGAUGGAUACACAGUAGACAGGUCCCAGUCCUCAAGCAAUUACGUCGAAUUAAAUACCAUGAAAUCAGUAUCAAUUGCUUCUGCAACCAUUGCUCCAGAUCAUUUGAACAAACAGGGUGAUUUAACAAAUAAUAUUACCGAUGAACUAAAUAAAUUAAAACCAGUGGAAUUCCCACCUUGGAAUCGUUUAUCGCUUUAUCACUGGUCUUCGAUCCUUUCAAUGUACAAUAUCUCUGCCGCCGGUGGACGUAUAAUUGUAUUACCUACUAUGAAACUGUCUCAUGCUGUCAGUCCGCAAUUAGCGAAACAAAUCAGUAAUCCGAAUGAUGUGCAGCAUUUUCAAUGGCAGAGUUUUGCGACUGUCGCCUUCGACCCGUUAGAUUUCUCAGAUAUGGAAUUACCAACAAGGUCAGAAAGUCGAGGAUAUAACGCGGAUGCUCCUUUCAUUCCCUCCAGUCCGAUGGAAAUAUUUUUAGCGACAGUGCUAUGUCUCAUUAGUAUUAUUGUCGUCGCCUAUACAAUGGUUGUCCUCUAUAGAUGUAUUUGCUCGAGAAAUUACGCCGAAUGGCGAGCAAGUUGGUAUCAGACAGAAAAGGCACACGAUUCAGCAACACAAUUGGUUUUGGAGGCAUUACCCCUAGUUCUUGAAGGUCACGCUCAAGAAGUAGAAUGCAUCGCUACAGACGGCAACACCAUAGCCAGUACCUGUUUAGCUGGACACAUCAAGGUGUGGGAUGCAACAUCGGGUGAACAGUUAAUUCACAUAGACAGAAAACAGUUCUUUAGUAGUCCUAAUAAAAACUUGAACCACACAACGCCGGACGUGGAUGAGUUAAUGUCGGAUUACGAAAGUGGCUCGCCACCUUCGAGAGGGGAAAUGGAGAACACUAAUCCGUUUGGAUCGUAUUACUGGCCAGCGUCGACUUUUCACUGCAGAAAAUCCUCUCCUGGAUUAUAUAAUAUGCAUAGAGGGCAAAAUGAUAAUAGAAAAAGGCAUUCAAUGGGAAACACACUGGACUAUGAAUAUCAAAUCAAUGAAUUCAACUUGGAGAAGAAAAAAAAUAGUCGUAAAAGUUUGGACAACGCUUACGAUCUUCCAGACUUAAAAUCAGCGAUAAAUAUCAAGUUUACAUCGAUGAAAGAGUUCCAAGCACAGCAAUAUCGCGAGCAAGGAUUCGAUUUUGGCGACCAAUAUAAACAUCUCUUUGAGGAACAUAAUAGGUCUAUAGACGAGCUGCAGAAUUCAGGGAGUUUAGAACAAUUGUGCAUUCCUAGCGCACAGUUAAACUCGCCUGGUGUAGUGGACAAUGUGACUUUUGUGAAUAUAGAUAAAACUGUGCAAAUCUCGCAUGCAGUGUCUCCUAUUUGGUGUAUGGACUAUCAGGAGAACCUUAUAGUCGUGGGUUGUGCAAACGGCAGCUUAGAAUUUUGGGAAGGUACUACAGGUAAAUUUAAGUGUUUGUUCGAUGACGGAUCAGGGCUCGGAAUAUCCGUCGUAAAAUUCAUCGGCAGUAGAGUGGUGGCAGCUAAAUUAAACGGUUCCAUUGACUUUCUACAAUUAGAAAGUUAUAGCGAAGGUCAACAAAUUGACUGGGGCUUCACGUCCUAUAGAAGAACUCACGUCAGAACAGGAAGUGCUGGCUCACCUAUGGAUAUAAAUAACAUCAUGCAAUCCGAAGAAGACCUUCGCUGCAUGAAAAUUAGCUCUCAUAAAGCACACCAGCAAGCAAUAACGGUGCUUGACAGCGAGGGUGGUCGAGUUUUAACUGGUAGUCAGGACCACACUCUUAAAGUAUAUAGACUGGAGGACCAGUUGCCAUUGUAUACCCUCCAUGGUCAUUGUGGCCCCAUAUCCUGUCUAUUCAUUGACAGGGUGAGUCCUAUGACGUCCGGCAGUGGGUCUCAAGAUGGCCUUUUGUGUGUCUGGGAUCUCUUAACUGGAACGUGUAUGUACAGUAUACAAGCUCACGAUGGUGCUAUAGCCGCUAUUACGUGCUCCGUGUCGUACGUGAUAAGCAUUGGCACUGAUGAGAGGUUAUGCGUAUGGGAACGAUUUCAGGGACACUUACUACAUGCUCUUCCAGCACACAGAUCAGCAUACAGUUUACAGUUAGUCAUGUUAACACAUCAUUUACUCAUAACCAGCAGUCAGGGAUCACUAGUAGUUUGGGACGUGAGGACGGGAGAGCCUGUGCGCGAAGUGAGACUGGGUCACACAGAUAGUUGUAUUUUCGUAAAACAAAUGUUAGCAUUAAGAGAUAGCGUAGUGUGCGAUUUCGGUCGACAAUUGCGGAUAGUCAGAUUCCCGUUGGUCUCUGAUAAACUAGAUUAAGAUCUGUAUAUGCACCACUGUACAUAGCUCUGUUUCGUUUCUUAUUUAAUUUUAAUAUUUGAACAGCGUUCUACCAUCUAUGGAGAUAUAGAUUUUUACACGACGUACAUUUUACAUUUGAAAAUUAGACACACACUUUUAAUAUCAAUUUUUUUACACCAGACUACACCUGUCAUGAUCGUCGCCUUAAUAUAUUUGUAUCCUAUCGUGAUAGGUAAAGAGAAACGUGUAGGGUAUAUAAGUAUACUUAACCCUUUCUAUGAACCUACGAAAAAUUUUCAACGAUUCUCGAGAUGGUUUAUGUACAUUUGAAUAUAUCGCUAAAAGCAAUGAUACACGAUAGAGAUCAUAUUUUUAGAUAACUAAACAGAGAAUCGAAUAACUUUUGAUAUCUCCGUUCGUUGCCUAAAUAACAAAUAAAAAAUAUGGCUGUGCUAUAUUUCGAGGCAUCCAUUUUCUUUCACAAUGCGAUUUAUGAGCAUUUUCAUAAGCGUCGUUUGUUAUUUUCCUUUCUAUUUAAGCAACUUGGGAGUAGAUUCAUAUGCGGAACUGACAUUUUUGAUUGUUAAAUCGGAGCUGUUAAAUACAGAUACGUGCUGGGAUUUCACUUCUGUAUUGUGCAAGCAUCUAGACUGCGGAUAUUUAUAUAUUUAUGAGAAAUUUAAGGGCAAUAAUGCAUGGUAUAAAAUAUCCAAAUUUGUUAUGUACAUUUUUCUAUUAUAUAGGUUCUAUUAAUUAUUAAUUAUAUUCAUAAAAGUAUGAAUCUGCAUAAAUAUCUGCAGUCUAGAAAUAACGACGAGUUAGUUGAUAAACAGUACAUUUAUCGGUUUACUAUAGAGGAUCUUUCAACUCUAAGAGUUUUAUGAAUCAAUGUAUUGCAUAACAAGUGUCUAGCGUACGACGAGAUUUCAUUCUGUCUCUAUGCAAUUUUGUUACACGGUCUAAGAGUGCCUUUAUUCAGUCUUUAUUUAAUCUAAUUAAAUAUAAACGUAUCUUCAUAAGGGGCUGUGGAAAUGAAUAAAACAGAUUACAAUCUUCUGACGCUUGGCCCCUCGACAUGACGUCAAUGGAGGCUUGCAAAUUUACAAUUAUCUAGAAUCGUAUAUUGAAUGUUAAUUCAUUUAGAGCAUUGACAGAAAAGUAUGUAAUUUAAUUUCGCCUGCCAAGAGUCUUUCGGAACUGUUGAAUUUAAUUCUCAAGAAUCGAGCUCUUAGGCUGGAAGAAUUGAAUAUUUAACAUCCUAUGUAUUAAAUCAUGUAGUCUUGUUUAGUUUUAGCGAUCUAUUUUUAUAAUAAGAAUUAUUACUUUCAAACGAACGAAAAUGGGUCCUAUUUUGCAUACAUAUAUAAUAUACAUAUGUAUCAACAUAGAAGAUUUAAUAUGUAAAUUGUCUUCUCCGCUUCGCGAUUCGCUAAGGUUCGAAGGGAAGAAUAUGUAUAUUUUGGGACACAUAACGAUGCAGAGUGUCGCCAAUGUUUUAUUCUUCUGAGAGGAAGUUGUACAAAAGCGUUCAAAUCAAGUCCAAGUGUAAAAUUUGAAAUAUAGAAAAUUAUUGUUGAAGAGAGCGUUUAGUGUUACAGAAAGGGUUCCCAGUUAUUAGCUGCAUUAGCUGUUUGAAGGAAAAUUUCAGAAGUUUAUUUUAAAUUUAAAAAUAUGAUGUUUUUAUUGCUCGCAAAUUAUGUGAUAUACAGACUGCAGAUUGUAUGCAAACUUUUAUUGUUACGGCCACAAUUAAAGAAAUGGAACUCAAACAGAGAUUCGUUCCACAUAACUACAUAUAACAAAUAAUAUGCUUUAGAUGUUUUAUAUAUAAUAUCUUUCUUAAUCUAUUUAUAGUUAAUUCUAAUUACUUUAAAUUUUGAUAAAAGCAUAGAACUUUGCAGUCUAGCGAUACGUAGUUGUUACUUGGACUUCCAUUUGUAUAAUGAAACUCUGGAUAAUUUAUCAGAAAGAUGCAAUCAUAUUUUUAAAACAUACACAACAACUUCCACAUUUUCAUUUGAACAUUUGCAGUUAAUUACCAGGGGACUCCUUCGUUGGGUUUGGAAGUUUGGCAUGUGUGUUAUGAAAUGAAUGUUCAAGAUAGCGAUCUAUAUGUCUUUAGACUGAAUUGUGUGGCGGUACGUGUCAACAAAUUUCGUUUUAUUUUUCUGAUACAAGUUUGAGGCAAUUAGCGUUGGGCCAUGCGUCUAUUAAAUAUAGAGAUAUAUAUUUUUCUUAACCAAAGUUAUAAAUCAUAUCAGAAAUCAUGACACGUUCAUAUUCAUAGAAGUCGUUACGCGAAAGGAAUGAAAAAAAAGCAAGGAUAAAACAAUUGAACAAAGAAACAAGAAGAUGCUUUUAAUGACACAGUUGGCUGGCUAACGUUUCAUUUAGGAUUUCGCGUGAUUUUUAUAUUUAUUUAAUUAAUUUAACAUGUGCAAAUAUGUCGUACACCAGAUAUACUGUUCUUAAUAAAUUCUCACAUUUACUACA